CUCCCUUUCCCUAUAAAUUAAGCCUAAUGUAUUGAGUAAAUUCCACCUCCACAUCACAUAUAUUUUUUGAACUCUCUCUUUUUGAAACCCCAAUGGCUUCAAAGCUCUUCACUUUCUUUACAUUUUCACGUUUCGUUUUCCUUGCCUUGUUUGCCUCUCUAUCUUUUGCUGAUACACAGAGCAAUUUAACCAGCCCAGUCUCACCAGGAACCAUUUGCAAGUCCACCCCAGAUCCUCACUUUUGCAAAACAGUGCUCCCUAACCAAACCGCCAAUGUCUAUGACUAUGGCAGGUACACAGUCCGAAAAUCUCUGUCUCAAUCCCGCAAGUUUUUGUCAAUGAUAGACAAGUAUCUAAAGCAAAGCUCCUCUUUAACAAAUUCAGCAAUUCAAGCCCUCGAAGAUUGCAAGCAACUAGCUGAACUCAACAUGGAUUUCCUCUUGAGCUCAUUCCAAACUAUGAACAACACUAGUAAAACUCUUUCUAGUGCAAAAGCUGAGGACAUCCAAACCUUGCUUAGUGCUAUUCUAACCAAUGAGCAAACUUGUUUGGAUGGCCUACAAGUCACAGCUUCAGCUUGGAGCGUAAGGAAAGGCCUCACUCUCCCACUUUCAAAUGACACUAAACUAUACAGUGUCUCUCUGGCUCUUUUCACCAAGGGGUGGGUGCCUAAGAAAAAGCAAAACACAACAUGGAAACCUAUUAAGAAACAACAUAGUUUCCGAAAUGGACGCUUACCCUUAAAGAUGUCAAGCAAGACACAAGCAAUAUACGAGUCAGUUAGUCGGAGAAAGCUAAUUCAGUCACAGGGUGUUGAUGAGGAGGUUGCGGUGUCUGACAUCGUGACUGUGAGUCAAGAUGGAAGUGGAAACUUCACCACCAUCAAUGAUGCUAUUUCUGCAGCUCCAAACAAUUCUGCCGCUACUGAUGGGUACUUCUUGAUCUAUGUCACGGCUGGUGUGUAUGAAGAGUAUGUGUCCAUUGCCAAGAACAAGAAGAACUUGAUGAUGGUAGGAGAUGGUAUCAAUCAGACAAUUAUCACAGGCAACCGCAGCUUCGUGGACAACUCCACAACCUUCAAUUCUGCAACAUUUGCUGUGGUCGCAACAGGGUUUGUGGCAGUAAACAUAACUUUUCGCAAUACUGCUGGGGCAAUUAAGCACCAAGCAGUAGCAGUUCGAAAUGGAGCUGAUUUGUCCACAUUUUAUAGCUGCAGCUUUGAAGCCUAUCAAGACACCUUAUAUACACAUACUCAAAGGCAAUUUUAUAGAGAGUGUGACAUAUAUGGCACAGUAGAUUUCAUAUUUGGUAACGCAGUGGCUGUUUUUCAAAAUUGUAACAUAUACCCCCGACUACCAAUGAGUGGACAGUUCAAUGCCAUCACAGCACAAGGUCGAAGCGAUCCGAAUCAAAACACGGGUACCUCGAUUCAAAAUUGUUCUAUUAGAGCUGCCGAUGAGUUGGCUUCGAGCAACAUUACUUUUCAGACGUACCUAGGAAGGCCAUGGAAGAAUUACUCUAGGACAGUUUAUAUGGAAACUUUCAUGGAUAGUUUGAUAAACCCUGCUGGUUGGAUUGCUUGGAGUGGAGAUUUUGCACUAAGCACAUUGUAUUAUGCCGAGUAUGAUAACACGGGACCUGGAUCAAACACUACGAACAGAGUUUCAUGGCCUACUUACCAUGUGAUUAAUAAUGCUACGGAAGCUGCUAAUUUCACUGUGGCUAACUUCUUGCUGGCUGAUGAUUGGUUGCCUCAAACGGGAGUACCUUACAUUGGUGGCUUCUUUUGAGGAGUUUCUUAGGUAUAUAUAGGCUAUAGCUAGCUGUUUGUGACUUUGUUCUUUCACAUAUUCUUUAUUAUUUAUUUAUUUUGUCAUCAUUAAUUGUUUAAUUAAGUAUAAUAAGGAUGUAAUGGCCAAGCUUCUACAAAGUACAUGUACAGCUUGGUUUUGACCAGUGAGGAUCAACUGUAUUGUACACUUAAAUUACUUAAUACAAGAAUGUCAAUU